GAAAAUCCUCUUCUGAUUGUUUUUUUUUUUUAAAGAAUAGACAGUAAAGUAACCAGGCUGUGCGUGUGUGUGCUGACCAACUUUAAACUCUACAGUCUAAAUACCUUGCAGAUGUUUCAGUGACAAAGUCAAAACUCCCAAACAUUUCAGAACAAUCUUCAUAGAAAGUAAAGAUGCCACUGGAUGUGGGAAUGUACGAGCGUCGGCCGGAUUACAAAUCUGAAAAGAAGUGCCAGCGCACCUCGCUCGCUUUCUACCAGUCUGUUCGGGACCUGCUGCCGGUCUGGCUGCUGGAGGACAUACGCGCAACCGAGGCGUUUCACUGGGAGGAGGAGGGUCGCGCAUGCGCGUUUUCGCCUUCUGAAGCGCUCCUGUACGCCCUGGUCCACGACCACCAGCAGUACGCGCGCUACCUGCUCCAGCGCUUCUCCGUGCACGCGCUCGACAUCCCGAGCGCGAGUUUCCGCUGCUGCGCGGCCUCCCCGCCGCCGCACUUCGCCGUCGCGGUCCGCUACAACCGCACGAACAUCCUGGAAAUGAUAAUGGACACCACCGAAAAGUUUGCGGAAGAAACCGAAAAAAGGCUGCUGUUAAACAGUCGCGGUUGCCCUCACGCUGACAAAGGCAAGACCGCGCUGCACCUGGCGUGCGACUUAGCGCGACCUGAAUGUUUGUUGUUGUUGCUAGGACACGGCGCGUGCCCUUACGUAACGGACUACGACGGGGACACGCCUCUGGACUGCCUGCUUCAACAAAUCAAUCAGAGCGAAAUGGACAUGCGCACUAAGAGAGUGUGCCUGGGCUACCUGGUGUUAUUCAUGCCCACUCUGAGUUUCCGCAUGCGCACUGAGCUGCAGGAGAAGCCUGGACUGUGGACACAGCUCGUCGGGGAGCAAGCCUUCCAGUGGCUCUCCGGGAACUCUCCACCGUCUCUGUUCGUACAGAGCAUGCGCACAGUAACACACCGCGUUCCUGCAGAGCAGCGUGCAUCCCUGCCUGACUUUCUCCGACCGCCCGAUUUCAGACUGCACCAAGAUUAAGGUGUACUCAAGGGCACUGAGUGGACUGUACUCAGUGAGUGUACUGUACCCCCCCCCCCCCCCCCCCCCACGUGUCCUGUAAAAAACAUAAACUGGG